AUGGCGGACAAGGUCGAAAAAGCGGAACUCGAUGUCCAAGUGGGCCAAGUGCACUAUACACCAGAGGAGGAGCAACGUGUCCUGCGAAAGAUAGAUCGCACUCUUCUUCCUCUACUCUGCCUUGUUGAUUUUUUUCAAUGUGAGUCCACAGUCAUUUUUAGAGGCGCCAUGGCUGAUCAGGAAGACCUCGACAAGCAGGCAAUCGGAUAUGCGGCGGUCUUCGAUUUGAAGGACGACCUUAACAUGACUAGCGGACAGUACUCGUGGUCGGUCAGCUCGUUUUACUUUGGCCAAUUGCUUGCCCAAUAUGUCUUCAUCUACUUGAUGAGUCGCUUCCCUGUCACUCGGUUUGUGGGCUGCAUUGUGGUAAUUUGGGGCGUAUGUGCUGCAUGCCUGGCUGCUCCAAAUGGCUUCGCGGGUUUCACAGCUGUUCGUCUAUUGCUGGGCUUCUUUGAGGCUGCAAUUCAGCCCGCUUUCGUUAUCAUCGUAAGCAGCUGGUACAAGAAGGACGAACAUUCCAUACGACUGGCAGCGUGGAUUUCCUGCAACGGGCUGUCCCAGAUACUCGGCGCGCUGCUCAUGUACGGUAUCGGGUUGUCCAAGGAUACUGCGAUCGCCACCUGGAGGAUCAUGUUUCUUGUAUGCGGUGGAGGUACGCUUCUAGCCGGCAUCGUGUGGUUCGUUCUAGCCCCUCUGGGUCCCGACAGUGCCUGGUUUCUCGACGAGCAUGAGCGAACUAUUGCCGUAGCCCGAUUAUCCUCGGAGCGGCUCUCGCAAGACCGUCAAAGUUUCAGCAAAGCCCAGAUAUGGGAUAUCAUCACCGACUUCCGCGCGUGGAUGCUCAUUCUCGGUGGCUUUUUCAACACUUUGGCAUCUCCAGUCAUCAAGUUCGCGACGUUGGUCAUCAACGGGUUUGGCUGGUCCAAGCUCAACACCAUGCUCGUCAGUCUGCCUGCAGGUGCCAUCCAGAUUUUGUUCAUCUGGAUUGUCGUCGUCGGUAUCCGCGUCACGUCCUUUCCACGUUACUGGUGGGGUGUUCUAGCAUGCAUCCCGUCGCUCGUCGGAAAUAUCGGUGUCGCUACGCUACCCUCGUCCUCUCACUGGGGUAUUGUCGUCUGCACCUGGCUAGCCACGAUUUUGACUCCAACGCAAGUAAUUUUCCUGAGCUUGAUCGCCUCAAAUAUCAAGGGAAACACCAAGAAGGCGGCGGCCAGCAACGGCUAUUUUAUCCUUUACGCAGCAGCCUGCAUUGCAGGUCCCCAGCUAUGGACCAAGCCGCCUCGCUAUACGGAUGGAGUCAUCACGGACAUUGUAUCGUUGGGCUGCGCUAUCGCGUCGUUCAUUUCCUUUGGCCUAGCAGCAGGUUAUGAGAACCGUCGCCGAGACCGCCUCAGCUCCGUAGCAUCGGAUGAUAGCACUGCCGACUGUGACCUUACUGAUAGGCAGGAUUUGGCCUUUCGGUAUACCCUGUAG